GGAAGGGUGUGGUCGCCGUAGCGGUCUCCUCCACUGGCCCGCUGGGAAUCAGUUUCGGAGCACGCACGCCUGGCUUGCGGGACACACACCUGGCUCGCGGUUCUCCAGCGCACGGGGCCCCGCUUCAGGGUUAGUACAAUCUGAACUCAAGGCAAAGGUGGGAUAGCAUGGCAUCUCUCUGGGUGGGAAACCGAGGGACAGUGCGAGAUUAUCCAGGCUUUAGCGCAUCCGUGGAUGCUGAAGCGAUUCGUAAGGCAAUCCGAGGAAUUGGAACUGAUGAGAAAACGCUCAUCAGCAUUCUUACUGAGAGAUCGAGUGCACAGCGGCAGCUGAUUGUGAAGGAAUAUCAAAAAGCAUACGGAAAGGAUCUGAAAGAUGAUUUGAAGGGCGAUCUCUCUGGCCACUUUGAGCAUCUCAUGGUGGCCCUUGUGACUCCGCCGGCCGUGUUUGAUGCGAAGCAGCUGAAGAAAUCCAUGAAGGGCGCUGGAACAAAUGAAGAUGCAUUGAUUGAAAUCUUAACCACCAGGACAAGCAGGCAAAUGAAGGAGAUCUCUCAAGCCUACUACACAGUGUAUAAGAAGAGCCUUGGAGAUGACAUUAGCUCUGAAACAUCUGGUGACUUCCGGAAAGCUCUGUUGACUUUGGCAGAUGGCAGAAGAGAUGAAAGUCUAAACGUAGACGAGCAACUGGCUGAAAAGGAUGCCCAGAUUCUCUAUAAUGCCGGUGAGAACAGAUGGGGCACAGAUGAAGAUAAAUUCACGGAGAUCCUGUGUCUUAGGAGCUUUCCUCAACUAAAACGAACUUUUGAUGCAUACAGAAAUAUUAGCCACAAGGACAUUGAGGACAGCAUAAGAGGAGAAUUAUCUGGGCAUUUUGAAGACCUACUGCUGGCCAUAGUUCAUUGUGCAAGGAACGUGCCUGCCUUUUUAGCUGAAAGACUGCAUCAAGCUUUGAAGGGUGCUGGAACUGAUGAGUUUACUCUGAACCGAAUAAUGGUUUCCAGAUCAGAAAUUGAUCUUUUGGACAUUCGAGCAGAGUUUAAGAAACGUUGUGGCUAUUCCCUAUAUUCAGCAAUUAAAUCGGAUACUUCUGGAGACUAUGAAGCCACUCUCUUGAAGCUCUGUGGGGGAGAUGACUGAGUCAAGAACACCAUCUCCGGAGGUUGCCGGCUCCCACGAUGGGCUUUUCCAACAGCGCUGCUUACUUCUUUCUCACAGUAUUUAAAAGUACAAGCAAGUAUAAACAGCAACUUAUUUUCCUAAAAGAGAUUUUCAUUGUUUCAUAACAACAGCAACAUGAUUAUUGUAGAACAUUUCACCACAAUGUAGGAGUUCAUAAAUGAGCAUUUAAUAUGAGGAAGGAUCGCCUAAUACCAUCCAAAUUUUAUUUCUGCGUGGGAAGUGAGAAUCUUCGUACAGUUCUAAAAUACUAAAUGCAAAAGCAGGGUAAUAAAAUUGUUGCUUUUAUUAAAUUGUCUGUUUUUAGCGUCUACCAACAUUGUUGGUACCAGGUGCUGGCAACUAAUAAUAUUUUACAACACAUUUUUGUUACAAAAGCUGUUGCUACUUCAAUCUAUCUAUUAUGUCAUUAAUCACAUCCAUCUUUAAGAAAAGGAAAAAAAGGAAGAUGUAUGUAACCCUGCCUACCCCUUUCAUGAUCAAGCUAUAGGAAUGGCAAUGCAUAUUAAGUUAUUGAAGGCCUCAGAAAACAUCUGCUGAGCUAUUAAUCUAACCACUUCCUGUCUGAAUGGUAAGCAUGAAUUGUGGUUGUUUUAGGCUAAAUAACUGCUUUCCCAGAAUGCAUAGUUAGAAUCAAAUCUAUAAGGUUUCCUUUUCCUCUAAGUUUGCAAAACUAAGCAUUUAAAAAACCCCUCGUGUUAUCUUUGAAAGGGACCUACCAUCAACUAUCUUGACUAAUAUGAAAUAUGUGAAGUAAAAAAUUCGAGUUAGAAUUAUCAGCCUGGACUACAAUAAAAGUGAUAGAUGUGUGAGAGAUAGAAACAGUGAUGUAUGGGUUCAGAGCUUUUAAUCAGUGCAUUCCCCUGGUGAACUAAGGUGAACUGAGAACUAAGCUCUGCUAAACUAAAAUUUCCUCAUCUAUAAAAUGAUGGUAGUUACAGCACUUGUCUUUCUCAUAGCAUUUCUUAAAGAUUAAGUGAGAUAAUGCCUGUGUACACUUAGCCCUGUGCCUGGACAUAGUUAAGUGUUCAAUUACUAUGUUGUCAUUAUUAUUACCAAGCAACAUCAAAAUGAUCACAAACAAUACUGCAACCCUUCUUUGUCAGUUCACGCACCACAUGCCAACCCCUGUACUAAGUAAGUAUUGGAUACACCAAAGGGACUAAGGGUCAUUUCCUUUUGACAAAGAGCGUAAGAUCUGAGAAAGACAUGUAAGCAGGUAAACACAAUACAGUAUAUACUGUGCAUUCAGGGAAAUUACAUUGUAUAAGAAGAGACAGAAGCAAUAUGGAAGUGGGGUCAAGAAUUCAGCCUACUAAAAGUUAUAAACUCCACCAGUUAAAAAGAAGAGGAGAGGCUCCCCAUUAUAGGUGAGAGCCCUUGCAAAGUCACUGAGUUAUGACCUAGCAUGAUGUGUACACAAUUUUACCCAAAAGUUAGUGUGAUGGAGGCUUAGAAUACAAGGGAAGUAACCACUGAUAGGCAGGGGCCAGCUUAUGAAAGCUUAUAUAUUGUGCUAAGCAAUUCAUAAGCAGGAGGCAGUCAUGGAAGAAGCAUUCUAGGAGGAUAUCAGCCAGAGAAAUGAUGUGCUCAAAUUUUUUAUCAAGUGGGAGGGAUGCAUAGGAGAGGAAAGCUACAGGCAAGAAGCCUACUUGGCAAAUUAGUUCUAAAAUCAAGACCAGAAGUGUCAGUCUGCUCUAAGAUAAUGAAAAGGGAGACCAAAGCGGGGAAGAUAUACACACUUAAGAAAUAGUUAGGAAAUAAAAUUGAUGGAAUAGGGUAAUCAGAGUAGUCAGGUGUCAAGUUUGCCCCUAUGAUUUUGGCUUCAGUGAUUUGGUGAAUGAGUGUCUCACCAAGCAAUAAACCAUUACUAAUACAUAAGUGCUUACUAUGUAUCAGGCACCAUGUUAAACAGUGUAGUAUGUGUUAAAUAGUUAAUCCUCAAGGAACUUUACAGUGAAGGCACAAACUCACAGAUAUAGGCAUGGAGGCUUGAAGAAAUUAAACACCCAUUGGAAGAGCCUGGGUUUAAGCCCAAACAGCCCAACUUCAGUGUCCAGAUUCUUAAUCACUAUUUUGCCUUAAAAUGUAUCCCACCUCCAGGUCAUAGUUCUUUUCAACAUCGAACAUAAGCUAUUUGAAUGUGGGGAAUUUUGUCUAUUAUAUUCAUUGCUGUAUCCCUAGUACUUAGAGUGUGCUUAACACAUA